ACUCUUCUUACCUACUCCGCAGGCACCUAAGCCAACCCUCAUUAUUUCCAGGACUCGAGCCCAAGUGAAUGACCACCUGAUUUUACUCUUGGAGGCGCUGGGAGCACCUCGAUAGCACCCACAAAGCUUUCGCUCGGGCCUGUGUACCCUCGCUGCCUUGCUUCUUACUCCUCGAGUCCUUGAGUACUCACUCCCCUUCUCACACCAACGAGUCGAGUCACUUUGAUUCUUUCCUCCUUCCACCAACCUACUUCGUUCCUGCCUCCAUCUAAUCAACCUCUUCUCGAUCAACACCUUUCGAGACAACACUUCACAUAACUUUUCAGUCUUUCGUUUUUUCAUCGCUUCUUGUCCAUUUCUGUCAUCUUUCUCACUCUUUGGCUCCUGUUUCGGUCUUUUUGUCGUCGCCUUACGUGGACAAUCUUGAGCACAGCACAGAGAUCACCCUACCUUGCACUCAUUUGCGUGUGUGCUCCUUCGAUCUCUCACUCUUUCAUCCACACACGAACACACAACAGCCAACAUGGGGUUCCGAUCUCUGGUCAGCUUUGGGUUUCUGAUCCUCCCCAUAGCAGUCACCCUCAGUGUCUUGCUGGGGCUGCAAGCAUUCAGAGAAUCUCGUGGCAUGCCACCUCCAUUUGUGAGCCAUGCAAUUGAGAUGGCAACAUAUUGUCAACGCGCCUUUGGUAUUCAUCCUCCAACACAGGGCCUGGAAUACACAUUGAAUCCCAAUCAAUGGGGCGUAGCGGAGGAUUACAAUGGCCCGGGAGCUCUUUGUAUGAACGUUUCAACUUUUGCAAAUGCCACCUAUCCGACCAACACAACCGCCCCCGAGUGGUCCAUUACAUGGUCUUUCCCUCCUGGUCCAGAGACCCAACCCGUCCAUGCCUUCCCUAACAUCAAGCUGGACACUUCCAACACCUUCCCCGUACAAAUCUCCAAAGUGUCCGUCAUUGAUUUUGCGACCGAGUGGCACUAUGGCAUCGGCGACGACAAGCCCAACAACACCAAUGUUAACGACUUAAACUCAGUUGACCUCAAUUCCAACGUCGCUAUCGAUAUGUUCUUGGAUGCUGAUCCCACCAAGGCCACGAACUCUUCCAGCGCCAAAUACGAAGUCAUGGUCUGGUUUGCCGUUUUUGGUCCCGCCACCGAGCCUAUCGGUUUGAGACAGGGCUCACUCAAGACCGAGACUGUCAAUGGCACCACAUUUAAUCUCUACACCGGUGUCAACGGCGUAGGCCAAAGCGUCUUGUCUUGGGUCGCUCAAAGUACUGUGCAAGAGUUCGAAGGAGACCUGGGCCCGCUGCUUCAGGGCCUGACCGGCUUAGGAGGUCCAACCACUGAUGAUUAUCUCGGCUACCUUGCUUUUGGCUCCGAGGCUCUCAGUGCCAGCUCAAACGUCACCUUCUGGAACCCCGACCUUCGUUUACAGAUCCUCAGCACUUAGGAGACUUCGGAGCUGUGAAACCUUACUAAAUAAAGGCGCUUUCAGGCAUGAUACCUAUCGAAACUUACUGGAGCGGGCGCAAACAUCCAGUCAUCCAGCACUGGCGCAAGGUCAGUUGUUAGAUAACAAGCCCAGAUUUGUCAGCCCUAGUUCGCCGCAAGACCUUUGCCCUAGGGCAUCAUGGCAUGCACCCAGUGGACAUACACCUACACCCGCAGCAACACACAUGCGCCCUGUCCACAUCUCCAAUUAUACUGGGCGGCGGUGAGCAAGAUCGUCCAGUGCCUGUUUAUCUCGAAGUCAUAUCUUUGGCAGUGUGAAAUACAUACGACACGAUCAUGGAUAAAGCUGCGGGCGGCAGAAAAUGCAGCUUCAUUAACAGGGCCGGUAUGAGACAUGCGUCGGAAAUCUGACGCUGUAGUGUGCGUCGAACCAGUCAGAAGCAGAGAAAUGGAGAAUCACCAACCAUUGUGCCACCACCACUUUGUGCAUAGGACCAGCUCCCGCCACCAGAUCUUCGGCGUGCUGGAUAUUCAUUCCGGUGAAGGGAGAGGUUGUGCCUCCUGAAUUAUCCAGACACGUCAUCCACAGGCAUGUUGCAGGACCAUCCCCAUGCGUAAUUGGUAACGGACUUCUUGUCAAGUCGUUUUACCGGCAUGGAGCAGGGGCAUGAUGGCUUGGCAAGGCCGACAGGAUCAUCGUGUGGAGUUGGCCAAUGAAGCAGGCUUGGUAAUCUGGUUUUGGCUAGAGGAUGCAAAGGAGAAUAAUUAUAGCAUGAUAGUCACCGGCUAGUAAAUUGAUAGUUCCAAGUGUCAAGACCGCGCUCUGCUGCGCCAUGAUAUUUUAUCAUCAGAGAUGGCUACACUUUAGACUGCGUUCCAAUCCAUG